CCUAUAAUUUUUUUUUUUCAUGCAAUCUUUUUUAUUUUUCCUACGGGCAUGGGACUUUUUGGCACAUGAGACCUUUUUCGUUUUCUUUGUUAAAAGGAGCAAACCAAGCAAAACAUUGGUCACGUAUAUACGCAUUUAUCGUCUUCUGUAAGCCACUAGAAAGAUCGUCGUGACUAUGAACAAUGUGAAAUUCGGCUUCGUCGCCGGCUCAGGCGUCAUUUUGACCCCACAGCAAUUUUCUACUAUAACACUUGCCAGCUACGGUAGCAAUAAAACAUACAUGAUUGCAGGCAAACGCUCAGAUGUUCUCAAGGUCUUGGAAAGGUCAUUCGAUACUACAAUUGUAUGUGCGCCACCACCAUUAGGCAGUAGACAUGAUCAAAAGCUUAUUGCCGUCCAUAUCAACUCAGCAAAGAGCAUGAGCUUCAGUGUCAAGCCAUUUUGCUUGUACCGAGAAAUGAUGGUGACGUUAAGUGUAUACAAUGACCAGCAAGACUUGGAUAUUUCUUUGUGCUGUUUACCAUCGACCGUCACGACGGUCAAAAUCAUCCCAUCUGGGACCACGCUGAACCAACUCUCUGACAUAUUGAAAGAGCGCCGUUACAUGGUCAAGAGGCGCAUUCGGUAUACCGCGACUUCGAAAAGUGACGGUGUCACUAGAGUCUCCAUUUGCCACCAGCCCCCGCCCACCUAUCAAGCUGCGGUCAGCAUGUCACGUUCGAAUGAUGAGGAAAGCCCGCCGCCCCACUAUGGUGCAUUUCAUGAAACGCUACCCUCGUACUGUCGCUAACGUCUGGGUAUUUUAUUUGGGCUGUUAGGAUGUCCGGCUGUGUUGGCGAUACUUUCCUUUUUCUUAUCGGAGAGUCUCACAAAAAUAUCAAGGAAGGUCAUAC